AUUUAGUGAUCGUUUCAUUCUUGCAGAACAUCAAUCAAUAUGGAUCUGUUCUUGAGAUAGUACUGUUACUAUCAUUUCGUGAAGCAUAUUCCGAUGAUAUCUGUAGUGGUACCAAGACUCACCUCAACCUGAAGACGUACCAGGCCAAGCUGACCAAGGUUGACACGUACAUCCACUGCAUCAGCAACUGUCAAAGAGUCCCUCCAUGCAGAUCCUACACCUACAAUACAACAAACAGACGAUGCUCCUUGUUUGGUGGGAAUGGUAAAUCCUUCUCAGAGAUGUGCCAAGAAAGAGGGUACACAUUCCUGGAAGACAGCCUUUCCUGUGUGAAGAUAUACACACGUGGUUCCCCGUGGCUCAAGGCGAGGAGGAGUUGCAGGAAUAAAGGAGCCGAUCUUGUAACGGUUAAAGAUGAGACGAAACAGAGGGAGGUCGCCAGCUUUAUGAUGCAGUAUCAAACAGUGUGGAUAGGUCUCCAUGAUCAGCUCCACUCCAACACGUUCCUGUGGGUGGAUGGUUCGCCGCUCAUCUACACAGCAUGGGAGCCUGGCCAACCGAGUCACUCCUUCAGGUGGAGACAGGAGAACUGCGUCCAGAUCUCACACACUCAACAAAAGGAGCCUCUAUGAAACGAUGGUGGGUGCAAGUAUUCUCGAAAGUUCAUGUGUGAGAUCCACUUGAGUGUCCUGAAGUAAGGACCUAGGCUAGAAGCGGGAUGUAGUGUAUCAAGUACACUCACUCACUGUGAAAUAUGUGUAACAUCAAAAGUGCAGAUAAGGACAAACUUGAUGGAUGAUCAGCUUCUUUGUUCAGGUGAUGCGACGUUUCGAUACAGAUAUCUCACUCUCCAACUUCUAAGAAUGCCACUCAAAAUGCAUGUACAUCUACGCAUGGCAAAAUAGACAGCCUUUCCGUUCUGCAACGGAUCAAACAACAACUACUGUAUGUUUCCAUGUGAGUGCAGAUAUGUUCAUAAGACGUGAAACCAUAAGGCAAU